CCAGAUUUAACUUGAAAUUCAUUCUCGUUUCGCCACCAAUGUCGAUUGUUGUAACAGUUUAAAGAGCUCUGUGUCUUGUGCAUUUAAUAUUCAAAACCAGACAGACUAACUAUUCUUUGCUGUCUUUCCCAUCAAUAUGCACGUGUUCAAGUUUUUAUAAUAAACUACUUAUACUCAUAAAUAGCUGGCUCACUUAUUAUCCCAGUUCCAGCUUCACUUCAUUUCAAUAUCAGCUGAAUGCCAGCUACUGCGUGCCUUCUUUUAACUGCUUUGUUCAUUUAGAUCUGUGAUGUAAUCCCUUAAGUACUUGAGGGAACUUCAAGAAGAUAAGAGAAAUAGUUUCCAAUGCCAUGGAAAGAUAGAGUGCAGAUCUGUUGAAGAUUGAGGAACAAUAAUCAUGGAUCUUGAAUAUAGGAAGUGUUGGGAUGCUUCAAAGAAGGAUUCUUGGAAGACAAUAUUGAUUUUAGCUUAUCAAAGCCUUGGUGUAGUAUACGGGGACCUGGGCAUUUCCCCACUGUAUGUUUACAAGACUACAUUUGCAGAAGACAUCCAACAUUCAGAGACAAAUGAAGAAAUUUAUGGAGUCUUAUCUUUUGUCUUUUGGACUCUAACUUUGGUCCCCUUAUUCAAGUAUGUUUUUAUCGUCCUUCGAGCUGACGACAAUGGGGAGGGUGGUACUUUUGCCUUGUAUUCAUCGAUAUGCCGACAUGCCAAAGUUAGCCUUCUGCCCAAUAGACAGGCUGCCGAUGAAGCACUCUCUACAUAUAAAAUGGAGCAACCCCCAGAGAAGAACAACAGUUCGAGGGUGAAAAUGUAUCUUGAGAAGCACAAGUUCUUGCAUACUGCUUUGCUUAUCUUGGUUCUUCUUGGCACUUGUAUGGUAAUUGGAGAUGGACUUUUUACUCCAGCCAUAUCCGUUUUCUCUGCAGUGUCUGGUCUUGAGUUUUUCAUGUCCAAGGAACAUCACCAGUAUGCGGUGGUUCCAAUUACUUGUAUCAUCAUAGUGUGCCUUUUUGCACUUCAACACUAUGGCACACAUCGGGUUGGAUUUUUAUUUGCACCGGUUGUGCUACUAUGGCUACUUUGCAUAAGUGCCCUAGGCCUAUAUAAUAUUAUCCACUGGAACCCUCGAAUAUAUGAAGCCCUUUCUCCAUAUUACAUGUUCAAGUUCCUGAAGAAGACAAAGAAACGCGGGUGGAUGUCUUUGGGUGGAAUAUUGUUGUGCAUAACAGGCUCGGAGGCUAUGUUUGCUGAUCUUGGCCACUUCUCUUAUGUUGCUAUCCAGAUUGCUUUCACCCUUCUGGUUUAUCCUGCACUUAUAUUGGCGUAUAUGGGGCAAGCUGCUUACUUGUCACUCCAUCAUCAAUCUAGUUAUGAGAUCAGUUUCUAUGUCUCAGUUCCAGAAACUGUACGGUGGCCAGUGUUUAUAGUAGCCAUUCUUGCUUCAGUUGUUGGAAGCCAAGCAAUCAUUAGCGGUGCAUUCUCUAUCAUCAACCAGAGCCAAUCACUUGGCUGCUUCCCCAGAGUCAAGGUUGUUCACACUUCUGACAAGAUACAUGGUCAGAUAUAUAUUCCUGAAAUUAAUUGGAUGCUUAUGAUCCUAUGCAUUGCUGUGACCAUAGGAUUUAGAGACACAAAACACAUGGGAAAUGCAUCAGGAUUAGCUGUAAUGACAGUGAUGCUAGUUACCACUUGCCUUACUUCCUUGGUCAUUAUCCUAUGCUGGCACAAGCCCCCUAUAUUAGCGCUUGCAUUUUUACUCUUUUUUGGUUUCGUUGAAUUGCUUUACUUCUCAGCUUCAUUAACCAAGUUCCGGGAGGGUGCCUGGCUUCCCAUCCUCUUAGCUCUCUUCCUCACCACCAUCAUGUUUGUUUGGCACUAUGCCACCAUUAAGAAGUAUGAAUAUGAUCUCCACAACAAAGUAUCAUUAGAAUGGCUUCUAGCACUGGGCCCAAGCUUAGGAAUUGCUCGAGUUCCUGGCAUUGGCUUGGUGUUCACUGAUCUAACCUCUGGCAUACCUGCUAACUUCUCGCGCUUUGUUACCAACCUGCCAGCCUUCCAUCGUGUCCUUGUUUUUGUGUGCGUAAAGUCUGUUCCUGUCCCUUAUGUGCCUCCUGCUGAACGGUAUCUGGUGGGUCGUGUAGGCCCUCCAGAUCAUAGGUCUUACCGCUGCAUUGUUCGUUAUGGAUACCGUGAUGUCCAUCAAGAUGUUGAUUCAUUUGAAUCUGAAUUAGUUGAGAAGCUGGCUGAUUUCAUCUGCUAUGAUUGGUAUAAAACUGGUGAGACGAAUUCAUGUAUUGAGGGUGGUUCAGCUCUAUCAAAUGAAUCAUCAAGUGAAUACAGAUUGGCUGUGAUAGGAAGAGUUCCAUUUGCUGGCAUUCCAGCUUAUGAAAUUGAGGAGACAUUGCAGCUAGCAAGUGUCUCUGGUGGUUUUACUUCAGUGGAGAGUGUCACUGAUGUUAUUGAGAUGCAACCUGUUAAUGGAGUUCAGAGAAGAGUAAGAUUUGCUAUCAGUGACGAGUCUGAUACAGAUGCACAUUCUGAGAUAAAUGUACAGUUCCGAGAAGAACUGGAAGAGCUGUUUGCAGCUCAACAAGCCGGUACUGCAUUUAUACUUGGACACUCGCAUGUUAAAGCAAAACAAGGGUCAUCACUUAUAAGGAGAUUGGCCAUUAACUUCGGGUAUAAUUUCUUGAGGAGAAAUUGCAGGGGACCAGAUGUAGCACUCAAGGUGCCUCCGGUGUCGUUGCUAGAGGUUGGCAUGGUUUAUGUUGUGUAAAUUUCUCAUGUAAGUUGUUUUGCCUGCUUAUACAGAUGAACAAAGGCAAGAUUUGUAGGUUAACAAGUUUUCUGGAAAUAGCAAUCUGAAUAUGUAACCGUAUAUAUACCAUGAUACGGGAAACUGGAAUUACUAUUUUAUUUACAGAGGAGUAAAAAUCUUACAUCUUUCCAUA